CCUUGCGUGCCUAAAACGUUAUCCGCAGUCUCGGUCCUCCUGAGUUGGAUCCUAAUGCAAGGCCGACGCCAAUAGACAUCCAUCAAAAAUAUUAAUGGGCAAAUUCCGUAACGUGUCUCGACUCUGGGUCAUCAUCUUCGUUUUUCGUUUUGGUGGUGUGUGGAAGAGGUGGUUGUGGUUGUCGUCGUCGUUAUCGAUUAAACAACCCCAAAAUUCAGCUCAUAUCGAAUCUAUUGCAGUAGGAGAAGGUAUUGUUGUAUAAUCUCAAUUCACGAGUUUUCAAUCAUUGGAUUCUCUUAAAAUUUAACUUCGAUCUUAAGCUUCCUAAUAAUAGAUGAGAUAACCCGGAAGAAAGUGCAGCUCUUGUUAUUUUGAACUAUUGGUCAGGUUUGGUGUAACAUAUGGCGACUUUUGAAGGAAAAGUUACAUUCGCUUCACUUUCUAAGCAAGGAAAGGAGAAAAAUCUAUACCCUCAUGUCGAUGAGUAUGGUAAUUCUGUAUGGCCUGCCUCGAAAGGUGUGGCUGGUCACCAAUUAGGCUCAAAGUCUGCGAAAGAAGAUUUUUCUAUCCAGUUUCCAUUCGAGUCUGAAGACUUCAUUGAUGGGGGAUAUGAUUCAAGUGAGGAUCCUUGUAAUACAAUGCAAAUAAGUAGGCCUCCAGAAGUCAACUUGAAAAAUGUUUUAAGUGGGAUAGUUGCAAUUUUAACUGGGCGGAACAAAGGCCCAAGUGUUUCCAUGCAUCAACAACUUCCAAGUUCAAAUGUUUCCUUUCUUGGGUCUGCAAAGAAUGGGGACACAUAUUUGCAUUCAUCGGUUUACAUUCCAAGUGCCCCUCCACUUUUGGAACCAAGUGGGAUUAACUAUAGUGCGUAUAAAGAGGUGUUAGAAGCUGAACCCCCUGAGUGGCUACCAGAUAGUUCUACUACAGUUUGCAUGCAGUGCACUGCACCCUUCACAGCGCUUACCCGUGGAAGGCAUCAUUGUCGAUUUUGUGGUGGGAUUUUUUGCAGAGCGUGCUCAAAAGGACGGUGCUUGCUACCCGUGAAGUUUAGGGAGAGGAAUCCACAGAGGGUUUGUGAUUCCUGCUAUGAUAGGCUUGAUCCCUUACAAGGAAUUCUCAUCAAUACCAUUAGCAAUGCUGUGCAAGCAGCAAAGCAUGAUGUGAUGGAUUGGACAUGCACAAGAGGAUGGUUGAACCCUCCAGUUGGUUUGUCCAUGGAGCAUGAGAUAUACAAAGCAUCAAAUACAUUGAGAAGCUACUCCCAGGUUGCUAGAUUAAAUCCUGAGAGGUCCAUACCUCUAGCAGUUCUGAAAGGAGCCAAAGGCUUGGCAAUAUUAACUGUUGUCAAAGCUGGUGUGUUGGUUGCUUAUAAACUUGGUACUGGUUUAGUCAUUGCUCGGAGGUCUGGUGGAUCAUGGUCUGCUCCAUCUGCAAUAUGCUCAGUUGGUUUAGGAUGGGGUGCUCAGAUUGGAGGUGAGCUCAUGGACUUUAUAAUUGUCCUCCAUGAUAUGAAAGCUGUGAAGACAUUUUGUAGUCGCAUGCAUUUUUCUCUUGGAGCUGGUUGCAGUGCUGCAGCAGGCCCUAUUGGGAGGGUUCUGGAAGCAGAUCUUCGGGCUGGAGAUAGAGGUUCUGGCAUGUGCUAUACUUACAGUUGUAGCAAAGGGGCAUUUGUUGGAGUAUCACUUGAAGGGAAUGUAGUUGCAACAAGGAUGGAUACCAAUCUAAAAUUCUAUGGUGAUCCUUAUCUCACUACAAAUGACAUUCUGCUUGGCACCGUGGACAGACCAAAAGCUGCCCAGCCCUUGUAUGCUGCCCUUGAAGACCUCUACUCUAGUCUAAGGUGUUAGUUGCCACUUGCCAGGCUCUCUGAUGUGGCCUGUCUCUACUGGCUUAUGGAUGUGAAGUCUCUAUCUCUAUCCAAUCUAAAGUCUCUAUUUGCGUGUGCCAUUUAUCUGUCAGCGGUUGAGAUUUGCGCUUGCUCCUUAACUUGAUUCCCCCGCUCUGAAUUGUAUAGUGGCACUAAUUUUGUUGGGUAUAUAACCCACACAAAGGGAAGAAACAUUCAUGUGACAGACAAGUUAACAUACAUGUUCAGUUAUUAUGAGCUCUCA